AUUUGGAUGGAGACAGCAGCAGCAGUAUCUCCAUCUGGAAAGGCUGGCUGCUAUUGACUAGCACUCCCCCUCAACAGUAUCCUGCAGCAACAACUCAGAUCAGCAGGGCGUGCUCUGCAGUUCAUGGGCUGCACCCUUUCCCUGUACUGAACUACUCUGCUCAGGCAAAGGCAGUGUGGUCCUACACUUGGAAUAUAACGACAAUUCCUGCUGCAGAAACUAUUCCUGGGAUGUAAUACAAUAUAUGAAGCAACGUCCACACUGAAAUUCCCUAAGCAAAAGGACUUUAUAUCACUGCUAAUAUUACAUUUAUGUACAUAAUCAUGAGUUUUACUAAUCCUGCUAACUGGGUUACCUUUGAGGAUGAUUCCACUUUCCAGUCUGUUCAGAAAUCAUUAUCCCCUGCAAAAAAUCCCACUGUUCCUCGACCUAAUGUAUUGAAACUGAAUCUUUCUGCCAUACUGGAGUCAUCAAGUGACUCAUCAUCUUCUGCUAAUAGUACUCCUCUUUCUUCACCUGUGACAGAUUUUCCAAUUAUCCCUGGACCUCCAUACAAUUCUCCACUUUCUUCACCUAUGAAAGACCACCAAGGAGGAACUUGCAUCCCUGUAUUAGGAUCUGACAUAUUUGGUGCUUUUUCAGGAAAGCUUCAACGCACUAGCACCUUUCUGCCAUCUCCUGGAACAGACUGCACACCAUCACCUAUGUGCGUUAACAGCACUUCCGAUGAAACAUCAUUCAACCCCUUGUUUCUGAGGCUUCCUCCUCCCACAACACCUGUAAAAUUAAACCAUUCAAGCACUCCCUCUAAAAGAAACUGCAUUCUCAAUGUGGGAAACUCACCAGUAUCAAACCUGAACAAAGGGCUUUCAGAGGACAAUGGCCACUCAAGUGCAUUUAAUACAGACAGAUGUGCAAUGGGAACUUUGCCAUCAGACUCUGGGGCACAUGUGUUGAUGAAAGACAGUGCAAACGAUCCUUGUCAGUUUAAAAAUCAUGAACUAAAUGGCAGUGAUACAAUUCCAGCUAGUGCCUGCCUCAGUUAUAAUUCUGGAAAGCUUGAACACUUCUCAACUGAGGAAAUGCUAAGACGUUCAUUUUCACGAAAUGCUGACAUCAAACCCAACAACAUUCCUCCCUUUGUGACAGAUAAUCUUUUUAAAAGUCAAAACAGAGAUGGAUGGCCUUUCAUGCUUAGGAUUCCUGAAAAGAAAAACAUGAUGUCAUCUCGUCAGUGGGGUCCCAUCUACCUUAGGGUUUCCUCUGGAGGCAUUCUGCAAAUGUAUUAUGAAAAGGGCCUCGAGAAGCCCUUUAAAGAAUUUCAACUUCAAAUCUACCAUCGGUUAUCAGAGUCUAAGUUAGAGCACUUCAACGAUUCAGGAAAGAUUCACACUGUAAAAAUUGAAAAUGUGACUUACACAGAAAAACGCAAAUACCAUCCCAAAUCUGAGGUAGUACAUGAAGCUGAAUUUGAACAGCUGUUGAAAUUAGGAACGACAGAUUACAAUGAUUUCAAGGAUUUCAUAACUACUGUGGAGGAAGAACUCUUGAGGCUACCACCUUUGUCCAAGCAAAGAAAGAAUUAUGAAGAGCCAGCAAUGACAUUAGAAAUACUGGACAACUUUUGGGGAAAGAUCACUAGAACUGAAGGAAAGUUAGUGGAAAGCAGUGUUCUGACACAGUUGUACUGCGUCUCCUUUUUAAAUGGCAAUCCUGAAUGUUUUUUAACUUUAAAUGACAUUAUACUUCACAGAAAUAAUGAAAGUUAUUUUGAAAAAGGGAUAGAUGAUCAAUGGAUUGAAAUUAAUGACUACUGUUUCCAGAAGUGUGUUAAAGAAGAAGAAUUUAAGAAUACACGAAUAAUUAAAUUUGUGCCUCCUGAUGCCUGUAAGAUAGAACUAAUGCGGUUCAGAACACAUUACAGUAGCAGUGACAUACCAAUUUCUAUAAAAGCUGCAGUAUCUGUUCAGGGAGCUUAUACAGAACUUCAAGCCUUUUUGAACAUGUCUUCAACGUUUAUAGACCCUGCUGUCCCAAAUGUUUCAAAAUACUGUGAAAAUGUCAUGAUACAGUUUCCAGUUCCUGAUGACUGGGUAAAAGCAUUUCGUACUGUGAACCUUCUUAGACAGAGGUCUUUAAAGGCCAAGAUGAACAGAAGUACUUGUCUUGGUUCUCUUAAUGACAUGGGACCAGAACCAGUGGUACAAGUAACAACUGGGACAGCCAAAUAUGAGAGUGCAUAUAAAGCUAUUGUAUGGAGAAUUGAAAAACUUCCAGAUAAAAAUUCAGACCAUCCACACAGUUUUUCUUGCAAACUGGAGCUGGGAUCAGACCAAGAAAUCCCAUCUGACUGGUACCCAUUUGUGACAGUGGAGUUUGAUAUGCCUGACACACAUGCCUCAGGGACAAAAGUGAAAUCGCUGGGAACAGAGAGUGACUUUCAGCCUCAGAAACAUAUUUUUCAGAAAGCACGCUAUCAUUGUCAGCCUAAACUUUAUCAGUCUGUUAUUGACGAUGUAAUUGAAAGAGUGCAUGACCUGUUUCUAGAUGAGGGUGCAGAUGAACAGGUCCUGAAAGAACUGAAAAAGCGCUGGGAGUCAAAAGUAUUGCAGUCUAAAGCAAUUGAAGGUUUUUUCAGAGAAAGCUGUUCUCAACAGUUUGUGCUGCAGUUGCCACAGAGCUUGCGUCAAACACUUCCAGGAUCAACAGCCUCGAUAGUUAUACCUGCUGGUAGGACAAUACAGAAUUUCACAGCAGACGUGGUGAGUACGCCUUCAGCAAGCGCAACGUUUACCCUUCCUGCUGGUAUCAGUUAUCCUAUACAGGUACCAUCUGGAGUUACACUUCAGACAGCUUCUGGUCACUUAUAUAAAGUUAAUGUUCCUGUGAUGGUUUCACAGGCACCUGGAGGUUAUAGAAUUCUUCAACAUCCAGUCCGACACAUUCUUCAGCAACAUAAUCGUUCUACAGGGCUUAACAUUUUAAACACCCAUCAAGCUCCGCUCCAUGCCACUGUCAUUCAUAAUUUAUCUUCACAGCAGCCAAGAAUUGUGACUCACCAACCUCCUGCUCCAAGACCAGUUGUGCAGGAUAAAGAAUUACUAGUGUACCAUAAUGCACAGAAUAUUAGUGGAGUUAAUUAUUCAUCUCUGCAGCAAGCUGCUGGACCUCAGCAGCAGCAAAGUGUAAUGACAAAUCUGCUAAUUCAACAGAAUGGCACUACUGAUAAUUAUGGGUAUGAAAGUAUGCAUUCAUUGCCAUUAAAUGAUCAGUUGUCGGCAUUUAGCCAAGGCUGUGCACAAGGGCAAGACAUUACAGACUUGAAUGAGUUGCAACAAAACCUACAAGACAAGGUGUCGUCUGAUUACACAUCAACAUUACAGCAAUCAGUAGCAGAUGAUAUUGUUGAACUGAUUUUACUAGAUGGCCAUACAGGUGAAACUUCUACAGCAGAAUUAACUGACCCAGUACAAAGUGAUUUACAGCAGCAUAUUGAGCAAGAGUUAUCACGAGAGGAACAUGACACAGGAAUUGGUAUUGACGACAUAAUACAAAUAGAUGGAACAUAUGACAGUUCAUCAGAUGAUGAGGCUGAAUUUGUGCAAGAUGUGGAGGACAGUGAAUUUCUAGGGAUCAUUAACUCUGAAGAUCUUAAAGCCCUUGAAGAAGGAGACGACAGCAGCUCAAGUGAUGAUUUGUCAAGCAGCAGUGAAGAUGACAAUGAAUCUGAAGUUGAAGAAGACCCCCUUAAUUCUGGUGAUGAUGUCAGUGAGCAAGAGGUGCCUGAUCUCUUUGAUACAGACAAUGUCAUUGUUUGUCAAUAUGACAAGAUACAUCGAAGCAAAAACAAAUGGAAGUUUUAUUUGAAAGAUGGUGUUAUGAGUUUUGGUGGCAAGGAUUAUAUAUUCUCAAAAGCUAUUGGGGAAGCAGAAUGGUAAUCCUCAAAUAUUAGAGAUGAUGUACUAAAAUUAAUUACAUUUCUUUUAAUUUAAAUUUUUUGGUGUAAAUAUUCAAUACUCCAGUGCAAGGUCCUUAACAUAUCUUGCCAAUUUAGUUUCUGUAUAUAUUGUUUAUUUUGCAAGAGUUUUUUUUUUUUUUUUUUUUGUAAACUAUAAUCAUGUAACACUGUUAAAAGUGUUGAUUUACUGUAUAUGAAGUGUAUUAUUUUACCACACUCCCACUGUUAACAUUUGAGUUCCUUUGAUAUUUACUGGAGUACUGUAUACACAGUACAUGGAUAAUUUUUCACCAAAUUUAUUUGAGAUUGUCUUUUAAAAUGUUAAAAACCAUUGCAGAUUAUGCCAAUGAAUUCUCCUGAUGACAUAAGUAUUGCCUUUAUUUAUUAUACUUUAAAAGGAGUAUAACAAUAUGUGGACUACAGAAAUACAUUUGUGAAACUGUUUGCAUGUAAGACUUCUGUAAUGAAGUUAACAUUUUGCAUUUUUUUUGUUAAUAUUUUUCUAAUUUAAGAAAUGUGUUUAGUAUGCACAGCAUAUGUAUUACAUGCACAGAUAUUUUCGUUACAGUACACUGUAUCAAUGAAAAUGUGACUUUAAGUUUGUUAUUAUGCAAACAGUUUUGCACAAUACAUUUUUGCCAGGAA